AUGCGAAAGAACGAGCUGAGCCAGACGGAGACGUCCGUGAGUUAUCGCAUACUGCACGAAAGCGCAGCAGGGGAGUGCUGCGCUAACUGCCUCGGGCGAUUGAAAGCGACUCGUGAAUUCAACACUGAAGCGCAAGGCGUGAGGCAUGAUAUGACGAAUGUUCUUCUCUGUCCACGGGGUCAUAGUUGCAGAGAGGUAUUUUGCUCAACAGACUGUGUCAGACGUGCACUAGAAGUAAGUGACCGCAGUGUCUAUGGAUGGCACUCCUUCGUGUGCGAAAACGAUUUAACGGAGUUUUAUCAGUAUGCUCGCCAAUCGAAUGAGAGUUUUCUAAUCGCUGCCAAAGUACUGGCUAGACUUGCGGCGGCUAACAUGGCUGGAUACCCUGCACUGCAGUUGAAGUCUUCCUUUCUUGAGCAGUUUCAACUGAGUCAUUCAUGGCCUGAGGUCGCCGCCCGAUCCCUCUUUGAAAGUCGCGUGAACUAUCCAGAAUUCGUCGAGCGCAUCAAAGAAUCUGAAGAUCAAAUCAGAGAUGUAUGGGAACUCCUCUCUACACAUUUCAGCAACUUGUCUGAACUUGGACGGUGUGGUCGCGAACUUGUCCAACUCUUAAACUUACAUAUGUACACAGACAUAUUAGCGUGUACGCAAAGGUUUGUAUGCGCUUUUAGUACUGCAAAAGUCUUAAGGAAGCGGAAGAGAUCGGUAGAUGCAAAAACGAAAUAUGCUGGUCAUCAGCAGACCCAGUCAUAUUUUCCGGGAACUAUCAUUUCUUGCUCUCCGUAUGAGACGGGUCUAUAUUCUCAACACAAGCCGACAAAGAUGGAGUACUCUGGACUUUUGCUGUCAUCAACACUUGGGAAGUUCGAGCACAGUUGCAUACCGAACGUGCAGAUUGAAGUGAGUUUAAGCCUUUGUGCUGCUCCGUGUGAGUAUGUCGCCCUACGAGAUAUUGGAAUCCAGGAGCGUAAGACUAUGGCACAUGUCCCUCUCGUUUCAAGCAUAAGCCAUCGGGAACAACUUAUUCUGAAAAGAAAUGGUAAAAUAUGUAGGUGCUGGCGGUGCUCAUGGGAACGAGAAGAGUUUCAGCAGGUCUCAUGCGAACAAAUGAAGCUCCUGGCGUAUCAAGCACAGGAAGAAGGUCGAAAUUCGGAUGCAGAGGUGUUGUUGUACUGUGCGCUAACUCUUCGACCCCAAGAUCCUGAUACUCUUCAUUCUUACGGUGUGACGCUUCUUAAUCAGGGGAAAUGGGGUCAAGCUCACGAUAUCUGGCGGCGAGCCUUUCAGCUCAACAGAACUCACCAUUGGCUAUCAAAGCAGGCAGUGAAAGAUCAGUUGUAUGCUGCGCGAAGCGAUGAGUCAUUAUUUUUUGCUUCAUUUAGGACUAUAGCAGUGGAUGAAAUCUAUCUCACAACGAGCGGUCCACUUGCUGCAGUUUGCCCAAGCUGGGUAGAGGCUGCUGAAAGUGUAGCUAGGUCUAGAGGAGGUUGGGAUACGGCUCGCCAUAAGGCAGUACCGACAACUGAUCUCCCUAUACAUGAAAUACCUGGUGUCAUGGAGCAAUGGAAUCGCCUUUUUAGUGUGGUUAUUAGUCCUUUCAUAAGAGACAGGUUCAGGCUACCCACUAGUUUUGGCACACUGUAUGUUCAUGACGCAUUUGUCGUCAAAUACAAUGCCAACGAAGGACAGCGAGAGCUACCCGUACACACCGAUCAAGGUCAGUUUUCUUUGACCCUCGCUUUGCAUGAUACGCAGGAUUAUUCGGGCGGUGGAACUAUUUUCCCUGAGCAUGAAUGCAUUGUGCGGCCGAGGUGUGGAGAUUUUGUCGCUUUCAGAAGUUCGCUAACUCACGGUGGGGUGCCGAUCACGGCUGGCGUUAGAUAUAUUGUUGUUGCGUUUCUUUACUACGCCUAA